AUCCAUUUAGAGGCUUAGAAAGAAACACAACCUUAUCCACUCAACUGCGAAUGAGCAGCUUCUCUGUAAGUGAGAAGUGAGAGGAAUACGUGAUUAAAGGAAGAAAAGGCACGACCAUAAACAUUUGACGAGCAGCAGUGGGCGAAGAACAUCCUAUUCGAGGGGUCAUGGAUGAAACCGUGGAGGAUAAUGAUAAGAAGUUCCUUGAUUAUGGUGUUGCUGGCCAUAUUAAAAAAACCGUUUACGGACCCGCAGCAAGCCUUCCCCGACGCCUGAAGCGUUAUCGCGUGAUGAAUCGAUCUGAAUAUGCCAUCUACAACAAAAAAGUUAACGAUUCUGGGGGAUACAAUGUUGAUGGUUGUUCCGGCUCAUUACCUGGAAGGAUUUUCCCGGUUCUACCCACCUCUUGUGACUGGGAACCAGCUGAAUUGGCUGCUCAAUUUGCUGCUCUGAAACAAGCCGAGGAUGGGGGAAUACCUUUGGAGUACAAACAGCUUCUGAAAGUUAACAUUCAAGGAGUUUGUGGGACCAUGUAUUAUUUGACAUUCACAGCUUGUGAUACUAUUGAUGGUAGGGAAAAAAUAUUUAAUGCAAAAGUGUUGUUUUCCGCACAAGACAAACAUUUGCAUCUAAAGGAAUUCAAGGUUGACAAUGACCCCAAUAAAUCUGCUGAAAAGAUGCGCAACGAGGUUGUUGGCGUGCUAGAAAAAAUCUCUGCCUUUCGAAAGGAAAAUCCUCACUUGUUUCCUAGUCCCCCCCCACCAAGAUCACCGCCCCCCGAGAGAAAAUCGCUGGUCAUAUACAAAGAACCAAGAAAAGGGGAGCUCGCUGCCACUGCUUUCCGUAUCUUCUUGAAAGAAAUGAGGAGUCAAAACCCCACAUGGAAGUAUGCAAAGGUCAAGAAAGCUGCUUCAAGAAAGUGGAAGUCAUUAUUUAUCGGCCAUAAGGCCCCUUACAUGAGAAAGGCACAGAAUCAGAUUUUUAAAAAGUUGACAGCCUCAUUGGAUCCGGAUUGUAUUAUGCCACCAGGCCAUGAUGACGAUUCCAGCUAGAGAGCCUGUCAUAUGUAUCUUUUCCUUUAUGUGAUUGCAGAUUUGUGGGAUUUGCUUGAAGCAACUCCAAGGAAUGGGGAUUUGCAAUGCUAUACUAUGCUCAUGAUUUUGAAACAAUUCAUUUGGAGGUUGCGUGCUCAAUCUCCCGUUUUACCUUUUGGGUUAAAAUUUGUAUUUCCGCUAAACUCUGAGUUUUUAAAUCUAUCCUUUUGAUAUCUACUCAUCGAUGUACUUAGUGUUAUGAUUACUAAUGCCUUGUAUGAUUUGAAUAAGAGUGGACUGCAGUA